AUGACAGAAGGUGAAUAUCCUAAAGCACAAAGUGCCAGACCUUUCCGACUAGAGGAAAAUGAAAAAUUUGUCAAGUUCUUUAAUGAACAGGAAUUCAGACAUAGAACUGCUAUUUUAAAAGUCGGGUUUAAAUACCCUACCAACAUGUUCUUUCAACCCAUACCAGCUAAAGAUAAAAUAACUUUUACGAAUAGGAACACAUAUUUAACAAAGGAAUUUCAAGAUUUCAUCAACAGUUUUCAAAAAUCAAACAGAAAAGGAGUUAUGACAACUGCUAGAAUUUCUAAAUUCAAUAAGAAAUUUAAUACUAAUUUUCAAAUCUAUAACCCUAAAGACAGUCAUUUUCAACUAAAGAAAGUAUUAGAGGAAUUUGAUUGGGUAUUUUAUUUACACAAAGAACAUUUCUGUUUGAUAAGAAGAAAUAACAAAGCUUUCACCUGUUCAUUUAAACAUCAAAGCACUAGUUUGGCGGACUGGGGAAAUUCGUCUAAUCUACCGAUAAAUUUGAGAAAGAUCACCGAUAUUAAUAUUGCAAAAUUCACCAAAGAAACCUGGGAAUCUUUAAGACCCGAAUGGGAAACUUACGCUAAAAGAGAUACGUUGUGUCUCGGAGCUUGUUUGAUAAAAUACAAUCAAGCAAUGAAAAAAACUGUCUUCCAAAACGUUUCCAAUAAUCUAACAGCUCCUUCUUUAUCUUUAAAGGAUACCGAUAGUUUAUACAUUUCGUCUAGCAAUUGGAAUAAAUUAAAUGAAGCUGGGUUGGUGUCUGAAAACGAAUAUAGCAAAGGGAAGAAUGAUUACGGUGAUGGUGGAAUCAUAUUUGGUUUAUAUUUAGCGCCAAAACUAAAAUACAAUAUCAUUCUAACUUCCGAAGGUGUUUUAAAAGAAAUAAAAACGUUUAAGGGUUACUCUAUCUAUAAGAUUAAGGUAGAAGACUACAUUCAAUUAGCUAGUGGACAUGACGUAACGAAUGAAUUUAAGAAACUUUGGGUAAAAAGUUUUAUUGAUGGAAUAGUUAUUCCUAAUGAAAAACAAAAGAAAGUUUUCAGAAGUUAUCUGAAUCUCGUUAAGAGAAAAGCGCCGAACAGUGAAGGAAUUAUGUAUCCUUACAACAACAAAGAUGAGAUGUGUUUGGAUGAUGAUUAUGUAUUUGAUGAUUUUGAUAACUUUACAAAUGUAUCUAAUGAUGAUCCAUCAGAAUAA